AUGGGUUUCUACCUUAAUCGUAUCAAGGUUAUCAAUAGUUUGUUGUUUCGUUCACCAUUGCGCUUUCAGUCACCUAUGUCCACAGCCGCCCCUCAAUCUAAGGUUGUCCAGCCAAAAUGGCUCAAGCCACAACCACCAUCUGACAUUGAAGCUCACACUUUGAAACUCUACAACUCAUUGACCAGAUCUAAGGAUCCAUUUGUUCCAUUAUCAGGUACGAAGCAAGUUUCGUGGUAUUCUUGUGGUCCUACCGUGUAUGAUGCAUCUCAUAUGGGCCAUGCUAGAAAUUAUGUCUCCAUCGAUAUCAAUAGAAGAAUCCUUCAAGAUUAUUUUGGUUAUGAUAUCAAUUUCGUACAAAAUGUGACUGAUAUUGAUGACAAAAUUAUCAUUAGAGCUAGACAAAAUUAUUUAUUUGAUCAAUUUGUUGAUGCGGCCAAGGGUUCUGUCGAUACGGAAAAGGUUCAAUUGGCCCUCGAUGAAUAUAUCGUUAAGAAUCUUAAAUUAGAUAAGACCAUGAAUUUUGAUGAAUUUCAAAAAUGGAAUGAAUCCCUAGAUAUGGAGAAAGAAAAGGAAAUUAACCCAAAGUUACCCAUGCACAUUACCGCAAUUAAGAAUACAUUCACAGCAUUGACCACUUUGACCAAUGAACCUGAUCAAUUUUACAAGAAUGUCAAAGAUGUUUUAGUGCCAUUAUUGGAUAAAGAAUUGGGGUCUACCAUUAAUGAUCCAGAAAUUUUCCGUAAGUUGCCAGCAUACUGGGAAAGACAAUUUGAUACUGAUAUGAGUAACUUGAAUGUUUUGGCACCUACCAUUACUACUCGUGUUUCCGAGUAUGUUCCCGAAAUUAUCGCUUUUGUCGAACGUAUAAUAUCCAAUGGGUACGCCUAUGCCACCACAGAUGGAUCAGUGUAUUUCGACACUGUCAAGUUUGAUUCAUCUGAUAAGCAUGCCUAUGCUAAAUGUCAACCAUGGAAUAAAGGUCAAUUGGAUUUGAUUGAAGAUGCAGAAGGCUCUUUGUCCAAUUUUGUUGAUUCUACAAAGAGAUCUAAGAAUGAUUUUGCAUUAUGGAAGGCAUCAAAACCAGGUGAACCUCGUUGGGAUUCUCCUUGGGGUGCAGGCAGACCAGGAUGGCACAUUGAAUGUUCUGUGAUGGCAUCUGAUGUUCAUGGGUCCUCGAUGGAUAUUCAUUCAGGUGGUAUCGAUUUGGCAUUUCCUCAUCAUGAUAACGAAUUGGCUCAAUCUGAAGCAUGCUUUGAUAAUGAACAAUGGGUUAAUUAUUUCUUACAUACAGGCCAUUUACAUAUUGAAGGUCAAAAAAUGUCUAAAUCUUUAAAGAAUUUCAUUACCAUUGAUGAAGCUAUGAAAAUGUAUUCUGGGAGACAAUUAAGGUUGGCUUUUGCUUCUGUUCAGUGGAAUAAUCAAUUAGAUUUCAAAGAAGCUUUGAUCCAUGAAGUUAAAUCCACAGAAUCCACAUUGAACAAUUUCUUCAAGAAUGUAAGAGCUUUGAACAAUGAUUACUUGGCUCAAUUAGCAGAACGUGAGAGAGAAACUCCAAUUUCCAAGAAAUUUACCGAUUUGGAAAGAUCAUUAAUGGAACAACUUAAGGUUUCACAGGAUAAAGUUCAUGUUUCAUUCUGUGAUAACUUAGCUACACCUCAGGCACUAAAGGCUCUUGUGGAAUUGGUCACCUGCACAAACACAUAUAUUUCCACUGUGGGUGCAAAUCUGAAAAUUGAACCAGUGUUGGCCAUUGCCAAAUAUGUGACUAAAAUCUUAAAUAUAAUUGGAUUUCCAGCUCGUCCAGAUCAAUUAGGAUGGGUUGACAGUACUGGCGCUUCUUCCUCUGCUAAUGAAAGCUCGGUUGAAGACAUUGCUAUGCCCUACGUGAAAUGUUUAUCCACUUUCAGAGACCAAGUACGUGACUUAGCCAUUGCGAAGGCAAAUGUUUCAGAAUUCUUGAAGUUGACUGAUAAGAUUAGAGAUCAAGAUUUGUUGAGGUUGAAUGUGGCUUUAGAUGAUAGAAAUGGUCAAUCAGCUUUGGUCAAAUUUUUAACUGUUGAGGAACGUGAAGCAAUGUUGAAGAUUAAUGAAGAAAAAUUUGCUAGAGAGCAAGCUAAAUUGCAAAAAAAAUUGGAACAACAAAAGUUAAAGGAAUUAAAAGAACAAGAAAGAAAGGAAAAGGCUAAGGUACGUGCUGAGGAUAUGUUUAGAACAGAAGACUACUCUGUUUGGGACGAACAAGGUCUUCCAACAAAGGACAAGGAAGGAAAUGAUGUUACAAAAAGUAUGACUAAAAAAUUGAAGAAACAAUGGGAGCAACAAAACAAGUUACAUCAAGAAUAUUUUGGUUCUGCAUAG